ACCUUAGCUAUGAUCACCUCGCGAUAUAUCCUUUGGACCCUGGCAUGCAUGCCUGCAGCUACGUUUGGCCGGUCACUCUUCAGGUUGUUUGGCACUCAGACCGCUCUACACGAUCAAUCCAAGUGUGAUGGCACAGGAAUCGUCGAUCCAGAUGGCCAUUGUAAUGGCACUGGAAUAGUGGACGACCCAGCCCCGCAUGGACGAGAGGGCUUCAAAUUUGAAAAUCCCUCUUCCAAGUGCCAGUAUGUGUCCCAAAUGCACAUCUGGGACUCCUUCAAACACCUGGAGAAGGACAUGAGUAAGUUGUUUACGCUGAUCCACAAAGACGUGGACUUCACCGUCGUCGGGCACCACCCGAUCGCCGGCCACUACCACGACCUGCUGCACUUUUAUGUCAAUGCUCUGCGUCGAGUCAGUAUGUUGUUUAUGGACCAUGCAGAAUUGUUUGAGAUCCACCCGCAGGGUAUCUAUGGCGGUUGUAACAGCGAAUGGUCGGUACAGGAAAUCCAAUUCAAGGGCGUGAUGAACUCCGGCGACAAAUUCGACAUCAUCAAUGUGUGGUUCACUCGGUGGGAUGAAGGCCAAAUGGUUGAGAUUCGGACGUAUAUCGAUGCACCGAAGAUCAUGGAUGCGCUGCACAAGAAUGAAAUCUGGUGGAAUGGCACGACACUGCGGGACAACCUGCUUUACAUGCCGGGACCCGCGGGGAUGCCUGACUUGAAAGAAAUUGAACAGCUGCUGGGAUAUCCCAAUGGCAGCAAAUAUGAUUGA